UGAAGAUGAUUUCCCUGCCACCCCUUCCCACCGCUAUAACAUACCCCAAACCCAAAACCCCUCUCCUCACCUCUCCCACUUCCUCUCGUCUCUGCAAAACGAAACCCUCUCUCUCUCUCUCUCUCUCUGAACUCUGAAAAUGGCGGUGGAGGAGGGCGUUACGGCGAAACUGCGGCCAGAGCAGUUCAACUCUCUUCAUUUGCCGGCCAGGCCCUCGCUUUACGUCGGCGAUCUUCACCCCUCCGUCACCAAGGCUGACCUCUUCGAGGCUUUCCGUGGAAUGGGCCACAUUCUCUCCGUCCGUCUCUGCACGGACGCGCUUUCCGGCAGAUCGCUCUGCUAUGGCUACGUCAACUUCUUGACCCCCACCGAAGCUUCCAUUGCCAUGGAUUGCCUCAACCAUACAAUUCUGAAGGGAAAACCUAUGAGGAUAAUGUGGUCCCAGAGAAACCCCAUUCAAAGAAAGACCGGAGUCGGAAACCUCUUUGUGAAGAACCUGGACCCUUCGAUCAACAGUGCCCGUUUGCAGAGCCUUUUCUGCAAAUUUGGGACAGUGCUUUCUUGCAAGGUGGCAGAAGACAAUGGGAAGCGUAAGGGCUUUGGUUUCGUCCAGUUUGAUUCAGAACAUUCAGCCAUGGCUGCUCUCAAGAGUCUCCAUGAUACCUUUGUGGAGGGGAAGAAUUUAUAUGUCUGCAAGUUUGUUAGGAAAAGUGAGAGAAUGGAGACUUAUCAAAAACCAACAUUCACAAAUCUGUAUGUGAAGAACCUUGGGGAAGAUAUGACCGAGGACUGCCUUCAAGACAAGUUCUCAGAGUUUGGGAAGGUUUCAAAUGUUGUCAUCAUGAAGAAUGGUGAGGGGAAAUCAAAAGAAUUUGGCUUUGUCAACUUUGAGACUCCUGAAGCAGCAAUGAAAGCUAUGGAGGCCUUGAACGGUUCUUUACUGGGAUCCAAGACUUUAUUUGUUGGGAGAGCUCAGAAGAAAGCUGAAAGAGAAGAGCUAUUGAAAGAUGCCCGCAGUGAGGUUGCAAGAUAUCGUGGCCGGAGGAAUGCUUCUAACUUGUAUGUGAAGAAUCUUGAUGCAUCUGUUGAUGACAGCAUGUUAAAAGAACAUUUCAGUUCGAUUGGGACAAUAACAUCAGCAAGAGUGAUGCGCAAUCCUGAUGGGUCAAGCAGAGGAUUUGGCUUUGUAUGUUACACCACUUCUGAAGAAGCAAGAAGGGCUCUGGUUGCUUUUAAUGGAAUUACGUUCAGGGGAAAGCCUCUCUAUGUUGCCAUGGCCCAGCAGAAAGAGGAGCGCAUCAGACUGCAAAACUCUUUUGGAUUCUUCCCUCCACAACUUCCCGGAUCUUGUUACUGGAACUCCUCUGAUUUUUAUGCCCCACCCUUCCUCAAUUACUCUGUUUUACCUCUUCCUCAGCCUCCCGUCCCGCAAUUGACCUUGUACCAACACUAUGGAGCAAAUACAAGCUUUCCUUUUGGUCCACUGAACAAUAAGAUGAACUACUCCACAUAUCAGGUUCUGCAAGGGAAAAUGCCAAUGCAUGAUAACAAGUUUAUGGAUUGGGCUUACAAGGGUCAGUCUGCACCAUGCUUGCCAUCUAAUUUGCACUCCGAUUAUCAAGAUCGAGGUCUGCUUGCUGCUCAGAGGCUAAGCUUCGGGAAGAAAGGAAGCAAACAGUACAGACAAGCAGAAAGUGGCUCUGCAGGGUUGAGGAGUACAAGAAGCAGGAAGCCCAACAAAAACCUUGGGAAUGCUUUCUAUCCUCUAGUCGAGAAUAUGAAGCCCGAGCAUGACUGGACUGCCGUUAGAACUGACGGAUGGGGAUACAAGGAAGGUGAUUGACUCUCCGAACUGCCUGUACAAGCAAGUUAGCAAGGUCGAUCAAGCACUGGGAGAAGCUAAUAAUUGGACCACCCUGCCGGCUAACCAUACUCUUGCCAAAAUCUUAUAGCUGCUAAUCGAAUAUAUCGAUCAUUUCAAUUUUUCUGCUCCACCGUUUGUCAUGAACCUCUGUUUGUAAUAAGCACUGGGCAUCCCUUCCUUUGUAUAUA